AUACAGCAGCUAGCAGGCAUUCCCGACCCACCGGUCAAUCACCUCCCACUUCUCAUCUUCCAUUCUUAGUCAGGCACUGGAGCUAGCUUCAAACAAUGGCGGCUGGUGCUCAGAAGCUGCAAGUUCUGGUGGUUUCUGCCUUGCUGUUGCUCCUAGCUGUGGAGUGCCAGGCAAGCCCUCUGCAGAUCGGGUUCUACCACGACAGGUGCCCCCAGGCGGAGGCGGUCGUCAAGGGCGUCAUGAUGGACGCCAUCUCCCAGAACCCCGGCAAUGGGGCCGCCUUGAUCCGCAUGCUCUUCCACGACUGCUUCGUCGAGGGGUGUGACGCUUCGGUCCUCCUAGACCCGACCCCGUUCAGCCCGACGCCGGAGAAGCUCAGCGCACCCAACAAUCCCUCCCUACGCGGCUUCGAGCUGAUCGACGCCAUCAAGGACGCCCUCGAGGCGGCCUGCCCGGGCAUGGUCUCCUGCGCCGACAUCAUCGCUUUCUCAGCCCGUGACGCGUCCUGCAUCCUCAGCGGGGGCAAGGUGGACUUUGAGGUGCCGUCCGGCCGCCGCGACGGCACCUUCUCCAACGCCUCCGAGCCGGUCAAGUUCCUCGUCCCACCCACGUCCAACCUCAGCGACCUCGUGGACAGCUUCGUCGUCAAGGGCCUCGAUGUGGAGGACCUGGUCAUCCUCUCCGGCGCACACACCAUCGGUCGCUCCCACUGCUCCGCCUUCGUGCCCGACCGCCUCAACGUCACCUCCGACAUCGACGGCGGCCUCGCCGCAUUCCUGCGUGGCCAGUGCCCCGCGGACGCCGCCCCGGGUGGCAACGACCCGACGGUGAUGCAGGACGUGGUGACCCCGAACGACCUGGACAAGCAGUACUACAACAACGUGCUGUCGCGCACGGUGCUCUUCACCUCCGACGCGGCGCUCCUGACGUCGGAGGAGACGGCGAGGAUGGUGAUGGACAACGCCAACAUCCCCGGGUGGUGGGAGGACAGGUUCGAGAAGGCCAUGGUGAAGAUGGCCGGCAUCGAGGUCAAGACCGGCGACCAGGGACAGAUCAGGAAGAACUGCCGCGCAAUCAACUAAGUACGACGUGCAUGCAUGGUGAAGGAUCACUCCAUCUCCAGUUUGGUUGUUUUAGCAUCCAUCAUUGUUGUCUUUUUUUGUUGUUAUUCCUUGGUUCAAUUCUCGUCAACUGAAUUGUUCGUCUACAUAUGUAAAUGCGCUGCAAGCCAAUGUUCUUUCAUUUGGGAAAAUAAAGUUACACUUUUGCUGUAACAUGUUUUGAACAAAGAUUUUGCAUCUUCGACCAUGACAUCUCAACGCCCACUACUAGAAAAUUGGUCGUUGCCGAGAGUCAAAUCACGAAAGCUCGACAAAAAAAUACGUAAGCGAGUAUGUUUCUCGGCAACAUGCCCGACUCGGCAGAUGCAUGCCGUUGUCGAGACUUGAGAGCC